CCUCCUUCGCACUUUGCACACACCACAAGCACCGGGUGUGCAAUUAUACUCUCGCAUCAUGUUCCGUUCAGCUACAGUGUUAUCUCGUCGUUGGGCUGCCCAGGGCGUUGUGACCUGUUCGCGCUCAUUCAGCGUCAAGAAGAAAAAGACUAUCCAGGACCUUGCGAAGGAGGUGUCUCUCCGCGGAAAGCCUGUCUUGGUCCGAGCGGAUCUCAACCUACCUCGGAGUAAGGAGGAUGGAAGCAUCACCGAUGAUACGAGAGCACGCGCGGUGGUCCCGACGGUGAAGUUUCUUCUCAAGGAAGGAGCCAAGGUGGUCCUGUGCACUCACGCCGGUCGACCGAAGGGCGAAGUGGUCGAGUCUAUGAGGAUCGGCAACAUCGGAGGGUGCCUUGGAGAACUGCUGGACGAACCGGUCGCGUGCCCCACUGACUGCAUUGGUGACAAAGUCGAGGAGCAGGCAUCGAAGGCGGAAUGCGUUGUGUUGCUGGAGAACGUCCGCUUCCACAAGGGGGAGACGAAAAAUGACCCUGAUUUUGCUGAAAAGUUGGCCGCUCACGCAAAAAUCUUCGUGAACGAUGCUUUCGGAGCUGCUCAUCGUUCUCAUGCCUCGACGGUCGGUGUGACCAAGUACAUGGACCACAGCGUGGCAGGGUUCCUGAUGGAGAAGGAACUGGACUACCUCAAGGGCGCCAUGGACAGCCCCUCCCGGCCGUUCCUCGCCAUGAUCGGCGGCGCCAAGGUCUCCACGAAGAUUCCCGUCCUGGAGUCGUUGCUGGACAAAUGCGACAGCAUUUUGCUUGGCGGCGGCAUGAUCUUCACCUUUUAUCGCGCUCUUGGAAUGUCGACUGGUGCUUCCUUGGUCGAGGAAGAUUUCGUCGACAUGGCGCGAGACUUGAUGAAGAAGGCGGAGGCGAAGGGGGUGAAGUUCUUGCUACCCAAAGACGUGGUCGUUGCUGACAAGUUUGCGAGCGAUGCAGCCUCGCAGCUGGUUGACGCGAAGGACAUCCCUGACGGUUGGAUGGGCCUUGACAUCGGCACGUCGGCUGUGGAUGAGUUCAAACAGGAGAUUUCGCAAGCGAACACGAUCGUCUGGAACGGACCUCUCGGAGUUUUCGAGUGGGAUGCGUUUGCGAAUGGCACCAACGAGCUUGCCAAGGCGUUGGCCACCCGCACCGCUGAAGGCGGUAUCACCAUAGUUGGGGGUGGUGACUGUGUUGCUGCAGUCGAGAAAGCUGGCGUUGCGAGCCAGAUCAGCCAUAUUUCGACUGGCGGAGGCGCUAGCUUGGAGCUUCUUGAGGGCAAGGAAUUGCCGGGUAUUGCGGCUUUGGACGAUGCGUAAACUACCCGGAGGUAGCCAUGUUGAUCGAAUUGCCUCUCCUGCCGUACACGUUAGGCGAGAUGAACAACUACCUUACGGCGGGUGAUGAAGCCUUUUUUUGCUCCACGGAGCACACCACCGUCUGUGCGAGAUAGAUGGGUAUUCCAUGUAGCACUUCAGCCGAACACAACCAACUUCGGCGUCUGUCAUAUGUUUCCCAAAGAACAUGAAGCGAGGCGGAGUCGAAAAUAAUGUGUUCGUCAUACAGUCCAGUCUGCUUUCGAGUGUGGAAUAUGCCAUGCCGAGGGGUUUGGUCGGACGGGGGGUUGCGCUGAUGUAGACGACGACAAAAGCUCGAAAAUGAAGGACGUAAUCAUUUUCGUUUGUUCUCUUCUCUUUCAUGCAUAGAUUAAGUGUGAAUCCCCCGAAUUUUGAUGUAGGAUCUCCUACGUACUUUGUUUACUCAUAUUUGUUCAGACCUUUCGGAUGCUUGAACCCCGUCGGAGCCGCCGGAUUGCCUUGCAUCGAAGUCUUCUGUGUGAAUCUUUCGUGAUGUCGUUGAUGCUAGCUAUAAGAUCGAGUGGGAUGAAUACAUUUCGUUGCUCAUUAGAGGCCGCGAGUGGGAAGGGGUGAACAAUCCUUGGACACGAGGUGGAGGGUCGUUUUGCAAAAGGUUGAUUCAACACCCGCAACAUGAUUCAACAGCAGUAGUACGUAUAGUUUCUGGAUGUUGCGCCCUGCGGCCUGACAACAAGUCUUGAA